CCUGAUCAUUUGCACAAUAAUAACAAAAUCUACAAGCAAAAAGUAAUCUCAGCAUUGAAUAUUCCGCAGAAUUGGUGUUAAUUAAUCCAUAUAGCCAAUUCAUCAAUCUAUAUAUAUAUGCAUCCCUCGUUUUGUUUGCACUGCAAGAAUUUUCCUAUUUUCAGAUUGGUUUUCUGAAAUGGGCAUUGCAAUGGCAAUCCUUGCUGUCCUAAUGGUGGUAUUCGUUGUGAUUUAUAAGAUAUAUGUGCUUCUAAGUCCAGACAAGACGAGGUGUAUGAUGAGGACUCAAGGAAUUCUUGGUCCCAAUCCGAUGUUUCUGCUGGGAAAUGUUGUUCAUAUGAAGAAUAUGAUUAAAAAAGCUGCUACAGUGAAGCCUCCUGUUCCUCACAAUUUGGAGCCUCGUUUUGUCCCAUACUUUGUGGAAUGGAGGAAACAAUAUGGGAAGAAGUUUCUGUACUGGCUUGGAAGUGAAGCAGUGUUGUAUGUACAAGAACCAGAGUUGGUACAGGAAAUAAGUUCUUCGGGCUCUUUGAACUGGGGGAGACCUGCAUUUUUGAAAAGUGACAGAUUUCCUCUGUUUGGCAAUGGGCUUAUCAUGGCAGAAGAUCAAGAUUGGAUUCACCAACGUAGAAUUGUUAGCCAGUCUCUCACAGCUGAGAAGGUCAAGGGAAUGCUUUCCUCUGUAGUUGAGGCCUCUGUGCCUGUUCUGAAUGAGUGGGCCAAGAAAAUAAAUGAAGGAGGUCAACCUAGCGUAGAAAUAGAUGUUGAUGGAGCUCUGAGCAAAAUAACUGCACAAGUAAUCUCAAAAUUCCUUUUUGGAAGUAGCUCCCAUAGAGGUUUUGAGGUACUUGAUAAGCUCAAACUUCUUCAACAAACACUAUUUGAAGCUAACAGAUUUGCAGGGAUCCCAGUAAGCAGGUACAUACCCUCUGCUGGAAAUAAAAAAGUUAGAAGGUUGGGUGAGGAGGCCAAUUCUAUAAUCAUACAAAUUAUCAAGGAACACAAUGAAUAUAAGAACACAUCCAAAGGAUAUGGAGAUGAUCUGUUGGAGAUCCUUUUAAAACAAGUUGAAGCUAAUUUAGUCACUACUCAGGAUGUGUUGGAUCAAUGUAAAACGUUGUUGAUAGCAGGACAGGAGACUACCAAACUGUCCUUAACCUGGACACUGAUGUUAUUAGCCAUGAAUCCAGAGUGGCAAGAGAAAGUUAGAGUAGAGGUUAUGGAGAUUACUAAUGGAGAUCUGCCAGACAUCACCGUGUUCUCCAAAAUGAAAAUGAUGAACAUGGUUCUGAACGAAUCCAUGAGGCUGUAUCCCCCUGUUUCUUACACAGUCAGACAGGCAAAGACAGACAUACAGCUGAGAGAAUUGAGAAUUCCCAAAGGGAUGUCUGUGUUGAUAAACAUAGUGGGAAUGCAUGAAGAUCCUGAUAUAUGGGGAGAAAAUGAUGUUUAUGAAUUCAUGCCAGAUCGCUUCUCUAAUGGAGAAGCCAAUAAGAAAACUGGUGGAUUCAUUCCAUUUGGGUUUGGAGGAAGAAUUUGUGUAGGUCAAAGACUGGCUCACAUGGAACAGAUGGCGAUUCUGAGCAUGAUACUCUCCAAAUUCACCUUCUCUCUAUCUCCCAAUUAUAUUCAUUCCCCAGUUUCUCUAUUGAGUAUCACUCCCUUGAAAGGAUUGCAGCUUCUCCUUUCUCCCCUUAAAAAGGCCUAAGCUUUUUUGAUGAAUAAGUGUUAUAUUACACAUUAAAAAAAAAAGUUGCAUUCUAAUAUCUGAGCAAGGUUAGGUUUUACUUUUAAAUGAUAAAUUUAAAGAGAUAAAUAAGAACCAAGGAUGUUAAGUGGCAAGAGUUUAAGUAUCAAGAAUAUUCUAGUCAUUUAAGUAUAAAAUCUUAGUUAGUAAUUAUAUCCUCUUCAUUUGAGUAUAAAAUCUUAGUUGGACCAGAAGCUAUCCAAGCAAUCUGUUUGGAGUCUUACCAAGGAGCUUUUUUCUGAGGAAAUUCUCCAGGAAUUCCAAGAAAUCUUGAACAAGGCCCUCCACGAUUCUGGCGCACCUCGGCCAAGCGACCAGAUUUUUUUCAAUGCUCAUAGAGAGCUCAUUAAAUAUUACCCAUUCUUACUUGAUUUGAAGGGAAAAGAUUUGGAUAGACACAGAGUCUUUGCUGGAGUAGGUUUGAGCUAUCUUAAAUGGAGGUUUUUGGGUGACGAUCCAGAGGCCCAAGGAAAAGAGGAGGACCUCUUUCAGUUUGCAAAGUUGAACGGAAUCCUGCCUAUGAAAGUUGCAGAACCAAGACCUAAACAGAGUUGCAGAGGAGGCUCGAGCAGAGGCCGUAGGAGUGUGGGUCGUGGUCGGGGUCGUCUAACAGGUAGAGGCCGUGGUAGAGAAAGAAUGGAGCUGCCCCAACUCGAUCCUCCCACUGCAAGGUAUAGCAUGAGUUAUGCCAUGAUCCUUGUGGUACUUCCACCAACCUAUGGAAGGUCAGAACAGAGAAAGUGAAGAGAUUUAUUUGAACUACCCACAUUUUACUUGUUUUGACAGGAAGUUGCACACCAAUAUAUGGCAUGACAGUGCUGUGCCACACAACAAGAGGGUCUGUCAGAGCUGGCACGAUGGGAUAAGUAAUCCAGAGUUCUGACCUUAAUGGAUAUGAAAUUAUCAUGAAGAUCUUUGUGCAACAGAAAGAAACCAAUGAUAAUAGAGAUAUGGGACAUUCAGCUCUGCAUCUUAUCCACCAUCACUGUACUGCUCUUGUCUAUCCCCACAAUUAUGUAUCAAGACAUUAAGGGAUGCUAUCAAGAAGGACAAAGAUAUUUCUAUUGUUAAAUGUGAUUAUGUUUUAGAG